AUGAGAGUCAACCAAACUAAUAACAUUUUAAGCAAUACAUAUUUUACAUUUCUUGUUUUACAAGUUCAUCAUCAAUUAGAUAAAAAUCUCAAUUUAAAAAUUCUUUUUAAUGAUCUUCGUUCAUCAUUUAAUAUUGACGAACAUAUACACGGUCCUAACGAUCUUGUCUAUGAUCCAAAUAAACGCCAAUUUUCUGAUUUAGCUUAUCCAACUACUUCUAAAUUUACUCUUCAUCAUGACACAUAA